AUGGCUACACCGCGCGAGAGCCAGUUGAAAGAGGCGGAAGACUUGAUUGGGAGUUUGAGCCUAGAGCGGAAUAAAGGAAAAUACGCUCAAGAGGAUAAGAAACAAGGCAACGAAAAAAUGGACGACUUGGCGGAGAGCGAUUUCUAUGAUGUCGAGGGUGACGAUGAUGAUAUCACAAGCUACACGACCGCGAAUUCGGUGUCAGUUAAAUGCACUCCAGCCAGCAUACAACAGGAGCAACUGAACAAGUUAGAAAAACAGCUCCAAUCCACGUCUCACAAGCCACAUACCUUUGCCCAGCAGGGGGAGAACCGCCGGAGCAUCUUAGAGGAGCAACUGAAGCGAGCAUUUCAAGAGAUGCAGCAAUCGCAGGCGAGGUGCAUGAACCAGGAAGACGGCAUGAAGAAGCUGCGGGAGGAUAAAAGACGUCUGGAGCAGAGCAGUGGCCAGCUUCAGCAGUACAUCGCAGAGUUGAAAGAACAUCAUCGGGCACAGUGCCAAAAGCUGGACAGAAAACAUACCGAAUUCGAAGCAAUCACUAAACGAUACAAAGCCCUGGAGUCGGACUUUGAAGCCAUGCUACUGCAAAAGAAUGCCCAGAUAAAUGAGCUAAAGGGGUCUCUCGACUUGGCCCAGAGUCGAUGCAGCCAACUCGAGCCAGACAAGGAUCGUCAGCAGCAGUACGUUAUGGAGUUGGAGGCCAAGAUCGCAUCGUUUGAGCACACCGUUGGCGUCAUGACUAAACACUUCGAUUGGGCUCAGGCUAGGCUGCAUUCGAUCGAUGCUCUAUUGCUAAAGAAUCAAACACCGCAGGGUGUCACCGCUUGCCUCAGUCACGACGAUCGCAUGGCUCGCCUUCAUCGGGCUCUAGCUAAUCCCAAAGAGACGACGGAUGAAAUUAUCAAGCUACAAGAGCUGCUGAAGGAGCGCGACAGGGAUCUGCACUUGCUUCGCACGAAGGAUAGUCAGUCCCUAGGGAAACUUACCGCUUUAAGCGAGGAAAAAACGCGCCAGGAUUCGCGCAUUUCGUGUCUGCAAAAAGAACUAAGUGAACUACAACAAAAGGCCACAAGCUAUUCGCAACUGCAGCAGCAAAUUUAUCCGUUAAUAGCAGAGCGGGAUGCUCUAAGGGAGCUCAACGAGAAGAGCGACAAUCACCUCAAAGGGAUUCAAGCUGAAGUGCUGAGACUGAACCAAGAUAAUCGAACUCUUGGGCAGAAAUGUGAUCGGCUGAUGGAGGAUAACUGGAAGCUGUCUACAAAGCGGGACAAAUCAGAUGAGCUUCGUCUGGAGAUGGAUCGAAACCGUGAUUUGUUAGCUCAAGCAAAACUGGAGGUGGAUCGGCUGUCAAAACUGCACGAGGAGACUUCUCGGGAAAAUGAUAUUCUCAACUACGAGCUGAGCAAGCUACGCGACGUUGCCAAAGAACUCGAGGAGCAGCGCAAACAGUAUGCCAAUCUCAAGCGAAAUAUGCAAUCCGAUAAAAUCAACUUAGAGCAUAUCAAAAUGCUCAAGAUAGAGAAGGACAAUCUUCAGAAAGAUCUCGACGACUUGCAGAAAAGAUGGGAGCGAGAGAUGUCCGCUAAUUGUAGCAAAUGUCUUGAAAAAUUGAAAGUUAUUAGCAAGGCUGAGAUUCAAAUGGCGAAGCUCCACAAGACCAACAAAAGGCAGGCAAACAUAAUCAAAGAACAUUUGGGGAAUGUGGAUCAAGGUAAUCUCUUGACAGCGGAUGUCACUGUGUUCAAGAGGAACGUCGAGCAGCUUAAGGACUACAUUAAAGAGCAGAAAAAUGUUGAUAAGUCGGUCACUCCCCACGAUACUUCAGAGACCUGCCAGAGUUUCAGAGGCGCUACGGAGGCGUCAACGACUUCGACAGAGCUCACCUACGAGCACAUCAAGCAGAUUGAGCAGCGAUGUUGCGAUCAAAUUGCGGAGGAGUCUAAGAGCUUAUCUUCUCAGAUGCGAAAGGCAGGGGAGAAGUACCAAUGUCUUCAAGCCAAGUAUGAACAGCGCCUGAAGGAAGUGGAGCUGCUGAUGCGCACCAUUACGGAGGAGCGUGCCCAGUCCUCGAAAAUUCUGGACGCUAAGAAUGCCGAACUAAAAAGCAUUCUGGGGAAAAGUCGCGAAAAGGAACGACUCAUAGCCGACCUUCAGCACGGCUUCGACGAUGUAUUUUCUAGCAUUGAUUCCGAGCGCCUAACGAUGAAGACAGUGUUGGAACAGUGGGAGUCGCAAAAGAUGCAGGUCUUGCAGGUGGAGAAAUACUGGCAGGAUCGGAUUGCUAUUAUGCAAAGUGACCAUCAGCAGGCCAUGCUGUCCUCGCAGCAGCGCUACCAAAUCGCCAUGCAGACUGCCCAAAACUACAAGCUUUUCGCAGAAGAGAAGGCUAUAGAGUACCAAGAGUCGCUGGCUAGGAUGAAGCAGCGUAUGAACCAGGAGUGCAGUGCAUAUCAACAACGAGAGCCAAGUGAGACCGAGCGACACCAAUAG